ACAAGAGCUGGGAAUGGAAUGGCUUCGCAUCCGCAACGCGAGCUCAGCGCUGCCUUGCUUCGCCUUUGGAUCGUUACUCCUCACACGCAAUGCUCUGUUUCGCGUCAAUCUGUGCUGGCUUUGCCUCACAUUUCCUCCAUCGUUUUGCCGCUAUCUUUUGAGCCGCUAUUUGUUGUAUUUCAGCUUUUUUCCUGAUUUUUUUCCACAUUUUUUUCGUGUAUUGUUGUUGUUGUUAUAUUCUGUUUGGCUUCCGAUUGCUGUGGCAUGUAAAGGACAGGCGCGCAACGAGCAGGCUUGCGCGAAACCUUCAAUUUGAUCCUUGGUUAGUUAUGGAGAAAGAGUCGGAGCUCCCAGCGUCGCAAAUGAGGGGAGAGAGUGGUGGUGCGCAUCUGAAGCCUGUGCAGCCCUCCACGUUAAACAAUGCCACACUCAAACCUCCACAGGCAAACGACAAUGAAGUCGAAGAUGACGAUGGAAACGACUGCAUUUCCCUCAAGGAAUGGCAGCCGACAGAGACGACCAGCUCCAGGCCUUUCGUAAACAUUAAUGGAAACGGGACGUCUUACAGCGCCUGGCUACCAGUGAAGGAGAACAAGGCGUCUCCUGGUGGCCUUCCACCGCUGAAAGACAACAAUCACAAUCGCUCCACUCCUCUCCUAGAGAUCAAUGGAGAUGUCUGCAUCCCGCAUUCCAUCCACAGAGCUGCCCCGUCUAAGCUUACCUUGUCCGAGUCUAAGAGAACUUCCCCAAGAGACCAGCUUGAGGAUGGUGCCGAUAAUAGAAUGCCCGUGGAAGGUUUUGAGGAUCAUCUCAAAAUCAAGCCCGCGACUGAACCCACUAAUCAUGUGUCGGUACCCAAAUUAAUAGGUCCUCGGCCGGAAAAGAACCACCGUCAUCACAGCACUAGACUCGAAAAUGGAAUCCCUUCAUCACAACCCGCGGGCAGAUCUGAUUCGGACAACGCCCUGGACGAUCGAAGCAAUAGCAUGUCGCUCCGAUCGACGGAAUCAAGCCGGGGCUGUUCCUUGCGGGUCUCCUUCAUCAACGAGGUAAUGCUUGAGUCGCCCAGUCCACCCCAAAAAGCAACGACAUCGUCAUUUCUGCCUCAAAAAAACCGCAGCAAAAGCCCCCUCAAGAGACCAAAUUGGGAUCGUUCAGCAAAAAUCGGAAAGGCUGCGCCGCCCAUGCCCAAGAAGUUUGUUCGACCUACCCUGCAUGGCAUCAAAGUGAAGAGGGGUCAAGGCGGUGUUGCUAAGACCGCAAUGAGAGCAUCCAUGUCUUCUCUGGAAACUGAGAAUGGAUUUGCAAUGCAAGAUCGAUCGAACUCGACGGGGACGGUGGCUCAGUCCUGGGAUUCACAGCAAUAUCGCGGUGGGGGCAAUCACGAUUAUAUGUCGCUUCCGGCCUCCAGUACCUUCGUAUCUUCAACUGAAGACAAGAUAAAAGAAUCCGUAUCUGAUCGCUCUUCUCUGCCCCGAAGCAAUGGGGUCCGAUAUCACGAAGACCUUGAUUUCCUGACAGCGGGCGAGGACUUAAAGCCAGACGGUGGUAACACUGAAACCAAAAGGCUAACUGGAGAAUUUGGAAGAUUUUUCAGCAAGCUUCGGAGAUCAUCUACUUCUCUAUCCAAGCCACCGUCAAAACUACAACCACCUGUAACUCCGAAACCGCUAGCGGUCCCUGUGCUUGGUAAAUUGACAAAAGCGAACUCAUUGCCAGUACAGAAAGUCACUAGCAAGACUUUUGCUUCUCUUCAUUCGUUGAACUCAAGUGGUGAAAACCAAACGUUUGCCAUUGGUAGCUAUGCAAGCCUGAAGCUGCUGCAAGAAUGCGCACAAACGGAGAAGAUUUCUCCGAACCCUGCGUACAAUGUGCACAAGCCUCGAAAGAUCCGGGAUCAUGAACCUCACAUUCAUUUCUACAAAACUAUCUCAAAAGCCCUAGACUUAAAACUCAAGUAGCCCCUGCCGUUUUCCUAGCGGUUGCGUUGAAGGUUGACCCGGAAACAAGAACGUAACCAUCAUAGUUUCGGAAUCCACCUGCCAGUUCACGGAUGAUUUUUCUCAGGAUUUGUAGUUUCUCGAGACCUGUCACGACUAUGAUUUCCCUCUGUUUCAAGGCUACUUUAACGCUUAGGAGGGCAAAAUGGAGUGUCCGAUGACGAUCUAAAGGUGCCAGACCUUGGUAGACCCUCGCUUUUGAGCGAUGUUUCCCUCGUGUUCAUGGACGGUUCUGGAGAUUGGACAUCAUGGCACAGUAGUUCUAAUGAUACUACUGGUCUCUCUCUGCUUCCCGCUCCUGUAAACUACCCAGCUCUCAGAAAGCAAUUUGCAGAAAAACAGUUGUUGAGUGGUUCAUUUUUGUGACAUAAUUAGUACAUGGGAUAGGUGAUCGAGGAGAAAGGUUCUGUUCUGCAGUAGCGGUCGUUUCUAGAGAAACAUUGAAAUCAUUCAAUAGUACGAAAGUAAAUAGUUGAUUCAUAAACUGAAAAGUUUUAAUAUAAGUGAUUGUCCGUUCACAGACACAGCGUUGUCGCAUAUGGAUACAAUCACUCUUACCCAUCAUU